AUGGAAUUAUUAAGAGAUCCAUCCAAUGAUCGUGUUGUAAAAACUUUGAAGCCACCUCCUCAUCGUCCUCUCUCCAAUUAACUUAUGUUUCCAGAUAAACUAAAAAGUAAGAGACUUUAAUAGUAUUAGAUAAACCUGAUUGGAGAAUAUUAUUAGAUCAUUUAUCUAAAGAGGGAAGAAUUGCAAAAGAUGAUCUUAUCAAAUUAGUUUCAGAAUGCAAUAAAAUAUUGAGUAACUUUUGCUUAAAACAACAGAAAAUGAGGGAAAUCUCAUAUAUUUGCAUGAUCCCUUAACAGUUGUUGGCGACAUUCAUGGCCAAUAUUAUGAUUUGGUUAAAAUGUUUGAUGUCGGAGGCAAUAUAGAAACUACCAAAUAUUUAUUUUUGGGCGAUUUUGUAGAUAGAGGCUCAUUUUCCAUAGAAGUGAUCGUCCUAGUAUAUGCAAUUAAAAUCAACUUUCCAAAUACAAUUUUUUUCCUGAGAGGAAAUCAUGAAUGUAGACAGCUAACAAGCUUUUUCAAUUUUAAGGACGAAUGUAUACAAAAAAAAACCCUCUCAUCAAGGCCUCUAUAAGUAUGACCAAGAAACCUACGAUUUUCUGAUGGACUCCUUCGAUCUCUUUCCCCUUGCCUGUGUAGUUAAUAACAAGUUUCUAGCUAUCCAUGGAGGUAUCUCUCCAGAUCUAAAAACGGUAACAAGGUUCUGUAUUUUCGAUUUUAGCUUGAGGAUAUCAAAAAAAUUGAUAGAUACCAUGAACCACCAAGAAGCGGACUCUUUUGUGAUAUUUUAUGGAGCGACCCAGUUGAUAAUGAUCAAGGAUCAUUGGAAAAUGGAUGGAGAGGAAAUGAAGUAAGAGGAUGCUCAUGGUUUUUUGGAGUAGAUGCAGUCCAUAGAUUUUUACAAAGAAAUAAUCUUAUUUCUGUUAUCAGAGCUCAUGAAGCCUAAUUGGAAGGGUAUAAAAUGCACAGAUGGAAAGGGAGUUCUGAUUUUCCAGUCGUUAUUACUAUAUUUUCAGCUCCUAAUUAUUGCGAUAUAUAUAAGAAUAAAGGAGCAGUGAUCAAAUUUGAAAACAACACUUUAAAUAUUUAAUAAUUUAAAGAUACUCCUCAUCCAUACUUGUUACCUAAUUUCAUGGAUGUCUUUUCUUGGUCAAUACCAUUUGUUACGGAAAAAGGUAAACUCAUAAUACUUCAAUUUUUAGUAACUGAAAUGCUAUACAUGCUACUAAAACAUGAAGAUUAAGAUCAAGAGAGUGAAGAUGAAAAAAUUAACCAGUAAGAUAUAGAAAAAUUUAAACAAAUCACACAAUCUGAAAAAACAAAAAUUUUUGAAAAAAAUAAAUCCCUUUAAAAGCAACUCUCUAAAAGUGGAAAAGAAAAACUUAGAUCUAGGCUAAAGUUUGUAGCUACCAUGAUGAAAAUGCAAAAAACUCUAAGGUCUUCAAAUAUAUUUGUAUUUUCAGAGAAGAAAACGAAAGUAUCGUUUUACUUAAAGGCGCCUGUCCAGACAAAAGAUUGCCGAAAGGAUUGCUGCUGCAAGGCAAAGAAGCAAUUACUGAUGGUAUAUCUUCAUUUAUAUUUCAGCUUUAUAAGAAUUUAAUUAUAUGAAAUUAGCAGAUAGCAUUAACGAAAAGAUGCCUAACAUUUAAAUUCCAUAGCAGUCUAUUUAAAUAAAAAAACCAGGGCAAUCCUCAAAAAAAAAAUGAA